AUGGGAACCAAGUUCAUGAGCAGUUCACUUUCACAUGAUGAUGCUGCUGGAACAAUGCGGAGGAAGCAGAAGCUCAUAUUGACUGGGCCCAAGGAGCCUGAGCUUGAAACAGACUUGAGUUUUCGUUCAUUAAGAGUAAAGAGUUCCACGGAGUUAAAUGGAGAAACGAUGGCUAGAAUUCUCAAAAUUAAGGCUCAGCCCCUGAACAAAAAGAUUCUGGAGGUCCCAACUUUGCCUGCAUUGCCAAGAAAAGCCACACCACUUACUACUGACUUUAAGGAAUUCCAUCUUGACACAAUGGCAAGGGCCAAUCAGAAUGCCGAAGCAUCUCUCGUAUCCUAUUCAGAAUCUUCCCAGACAAAGCAGAGUCCACUGUGUAAGGCUCACCCCACUGCACGAGAAUCAUCUGUUCUUCAAACAUCACCGAGGCCUCGAUUGCCAAGUGCUAGAAAUCCGGAUAAACCGGAGAAAGAAGAACUUCAAUUGACUCCCAAGUUCAAGGCAAGGCCUUUGAACAAGAAGGCACCCUUUUCCACGCUUACUUCUUUACUAAUUUUAGAAAAGAAGAUCACUAUACCUCAGGAAUUCCAUUUUGCCAUAGAUGAAAGAAUUCCGCCAUCAAUCUUUCUUGCUGAAAUGUUUGAUGAGCUGUCAGUUAAACCGAAAUCCCAGCAGGACAAGCCUAUUCCUAGAAACACUACUCAACCUUUCCAGUUGCGUACAGAGGAAAGAGGAGCAGAAAAAGGGAAGAAAUGGGUUAGUGAAGUUUUACAUCAACAGGAACAGCAACACUCCAGGAUUCCAAAAGCCAACCCAUAUCCUUACAGCACAGAGUAUCAUGUUAUCCCACCAAAACCAGAGCCUAAACCAUGCACAAAACCCAAACCUUUUUAUUUGGAGAGUCUGGUGAGGCAUGAAGAGGAAGUCCGGAGAAGAUUGCAAGAAAGGUGGCAGAUGGUGAUGAAGGAUGCCCAGAUGAAAAGUUUCAAGGCUCAGCCUAUAAUGAAAGAGGAUCCGAUUCCCCUUCCUGAGAAAGCAUCAGCACCUCUUACAAUAGUUAAGGAAUUCAGUUUACACGUGCAGCAUCGUGCAUCUGGUAGAGCUAAAUUUGAUAAAAAGAUCGAGCAGAAAGAAUUGAUGUAUAAGAGGCGCCGAGAAAAAGUGGAGUCAGACAAACAGAGGGAAGAGGAGAGAAAUUUGAAAGAACGAAGAAGGACAUUGAUUCCCCAUGCUAGACAAGUUCCUAACUUUGCCCACCCAUUCUUGCCUCAUAAGUCUUCGAAGCAAGUAACAAAACCAAAGUCUCCAAGAUUGAAUGUGCUGAAGGUGAAAGAAAAGAGGAAGAUUAUGGCCAGCCCUGUUGAGACGUUGACUUUCAUCUCCGCUACUUUGACGAGUGAAAUUGGUGAAAACUCUCCUACAGUAACAGCUGGUGGGGUGAUAAGCUGUGAGAAUGCUGCUCUUGGGAGAAAAGAAACUUCAAACGAAGAGAAAGAUUAUGUUCCGAAAGCUGCCUAUGCUACACCAGCAUGUUGA